AUGGCUGAGACAUUUGAGGAAUUAAUUGCGGAGCAAUCAGCUUUGAUUGAUUCUGUACGCCGCAUGUUAGAGAACUUUCGGAAAGCUGGCACUAAUAAGUCGGAAGCACAUAUGGAGACUAGAUUAGAAUCUCUGGCCAAUAUUCGCACGGAGUUCCGAGAGAACCAUCGAAAAUUGGUGCGUGCGGAUGACGAGUUGGUUCAGCACGAUUAUAUGGAGGCAGACCUUGAAGGAAAGUUCCAAGAAGCGUAUAUUGAUAGUGUGGCGCAGAUUAGAACUGACCUAAAUGAGACUAAGGAUCGACUUCUUGCGUCAACAGGAAUUAACAAUCUUGAUUUGCAGGAUGGGCAUCGCAACGCGCCAUCGUCAGGGUUUAUAGCACCAGACCAAACCACGAUCGAUGAGGUUAAACUUCCAACGGUAUUAGAGCAACAGCCCAUGGUGCAGAGCGAUGACCCUGUUUCGCUUAAGGGGUUUUUACAAACUUGUCGUUCUUGUAUUAAAUCAUUGGAAAAGGUUGGCGUUAACCUUUUCGAUCAAAGUCAUGUCAUAGUUUACUUGGUGACGAAGAAACUACCUGCGGAGCUGCGGUUGGACUGGGAAAAAUCCCUGGCUACUUCACAGGAGUUACCAACAUUCGAACAAUUAUCCGCGCAUCUCGAUGGACAAUACAGGACUAUGCUUACGUCCGCCAGUGGCGAGAGGACAACAUUGUCUAACAAGGAUCGAAAGGGAGCAUCGGGAUCGUCUGAGAAGCGCCGAGAUGUGAAAUCCUCCUUUGUCGCCCGAUCGGAGCAGAAAUGUGCCAUAUGUUGCAAGAACGGUCAUUCUGUUCAAGAUUGCAAGGUUUUCGAAAGCAUGCAUCUAACAGCACGGAGGGAAGCUGUUAUGAAGCAACAUCGGCAUCACACGCUCAUACAUUUGGAUCGGGUUCGGCUGACUAAAGAGCCAAAUGAGCAGGUUCAACAAGUUACUUCCAACGCAAUUAGCGGGACUUCGAGUGCAACUGGGACUAGUUAUGAAGUGCUAUUGCCAACAGCGCUAGUUCGGAUCCAGUCCGCAGAAGGGUUCAUACUACAGUUCCGAGCAUUUCUGGACCAAGGAUCGCAAGCUUCGUUUGUAUCGGAAAACGUAGUUCAGAAGUUGGGACUAACUCGUCAAAAGGCAUACAUUAAGGUUAAUGGACUGGCCAACGCACGAGUUACCGAAGCGUCUUCUUCCGUUCGUUUAUGUUUUGGAUCAAGGUUUGAGCCACAGGCAAGGUAUAGUGUGACUGCGUAUGUGUUACCAAAGGUGAGUAAGCGCAUGCCAAAUCGUCGCUUAUCUGUGGAAAAAUGGUCUCAAUUUGAACAGCUUUGCCUGGCUGAUCCUAAUUAUUUUGUUCCACAAGGUGUGGACAUAUUGUUGGGGAGUGAUAUCUAUGAUGAAUUAAUGCUAAGUGAAAUACAUCGCGGACCGGAUGGCUGGCCUAUUGCUCAAAGCACACGACUUGGAUUUAUUAUAUCAGGAAAAGUUAAGGAACCCAACACAAGGGUCACGGUGCAUACGGUGACAGUAAUCAAGGACGAAUCAUCUGCGGAAUUAGAAGGAUUACUUCGCAGAUUCUGGGAAUUUGAGCAGUUGGAUGAGGCAGCAGAAGUUUUGUCGAAGGAAGAUUUGUGGUGUGAGGAACAUUUUGUUAAUACACAUGUGCGGUUACCUUCAGGGAAAUAUCAAGUGCGAUUGCCAUUUCUAUCCACUUUGGAUCCCCAGUUAGUAAUUGGGUCGUCGCGUCAAGGUGCUUUGAAACGGUUGUGCCAUUUGGACAAGCGUUUACGCAACGAUGCCAACCUGAAGGAGGUGUAUUCCAAAACAAUAAAGGAAUAUUUGGAGUUGGGGCAAAUGGAAAAGGUGGUUACACAAGCUGGGCAAACGGAAGAAACAGGCUACCCGGGGGGAGCCACACAUUGUUAUUUACCUCACCACCCAGUAAUCAAGGAAUCGUCAACGACUACCAAGGUGCGCGUCGUCUUUGACGGAUCGAUGAAGACGAGCAAUGGGAAAUCUUUGAAUGAAAUCUUAGCAAUAGGGCCCAAACUACACAUGGAGCUCCCAGCAAUACUGAUAAACUGGAGAGCAAUAAGGUUUGCAUUCCUUGCGGACGUGGAAAAAAUGUAUAGAUGUAUUAAUAUACAUAAGAAGGAUGCUCAAUUUCAAAGAAUUUUGUGGAAACCGGACAACACUGUCCAGGUAGAGGAAUACGCCUGCUGCACGGUCAUGUUUGGCACGAGCUGUGCUCCGUAUCUGGCCAUUAGAGUUAUGCAGCAGUUAGCCGAAGAUGAAGAGCAUAACUACCCGCUGGCAGCCAAUGUACUUAAACGUCAGAUGUACGUGGACGACGUUUUAUCUGGAGCAAAUAGUAUUUCCGAUGCAAAGGAACUGCAAGCUCAAGUUAGAGGAAUGAUGAGAAGCGGAUCUUUUGAGUUGCGAAAAUGGGCCAGCAACUGUCCUCAACUGUUAGAAGGAAUACCUCUAGAACAUCGGGAAACCAAAGAGCCUCUAAAUUUUCAAGGUGACGAGACGAUUAGAGCAUUAGGAUUAUAUUGGAAACCCAAUGAAGAUGAGUUUCGAUUUCAACUUAAUUUUGAUCUCCCAGCAGAGACUGUCUUUUGGUCAGAUUCGAUGAUCGUUUUGAGCUGGAUCCAAGGAGGUGCUGCGAGGUGGAAGGUUUUCGUUGCCAACCGCAUCAGCAAAAUUUUGGAGCUAUGCGAUGGGAAACAAUGGCGACAUAUAGCAUCUGAGGAUAAUCCAGCCGAUCUUCUAAGUCGGGGAAUCAGUGUUACUAAAUUAGCAUCGUGCCAAUUAUGGUGGAAUGGACCGCCGUGGCUGAGAUUUAAAGAUUGUGAGUGGCCAUCGACAAAACUAGAUCCUGGAACCGAUAUCCGAGUCACCAGCGAACAGAAGCAGAUGCACUGCAACGCUAUUUCUGUGGAGAAAGAGAACGGAUCCGAUAUAUUAGGAAGAUGGGUAAUCUUCCACCGGCCAGGAUUCGGCCACAGAAGGCUUUUACGUCAGUUGGGAUUGACUACGCGGGACCGUUCAACAUAUCGCCAUCUAAAGGAAGAGGACGGACUUCGGUUAAAGGCUAUAUAG